AGCUAGCUCCAAAUCCAAUCCUCUACUGCACCACCCCACAUGCCUUUAUCACGGUCUCCCUCUUUUGAUGUUGCGAUUUUGACCGGGGGAGUGUGACAGGAGAUUGGGAGAGAUGAGCUGAGCAUCUUCUAAUCAUCAUGAAAAUUCCCAGGGACCAAGUCACAAAUCAUGGAGACAGAAUAUAGGCCUAAUGAUAAACGGAUGUCACAAAGCGAUCUUACAAUUGCAGAGACAACGCCACUUUUUCCUGAUGAGCUACUGGAGAUGAUAUUUUAUCAUUUCUCUGCAACAACCAUAGGGAGAGCCUAUGCAGUUUGUCAAAAAUGGAAUCAAAUACUAACAAUGUUAACAAGCAAAACUGAUAUUUGGUUCCGGAAAUGUACUGAGGAGAUUCCAAAGUACACUCUGCUGCAGAUGUGUAAUCAUCCUUUGAGGCCUGGAUACCGAAGUGGAGUAGAAUGGAAAGAUGUCUAUGUAAGAUGGCGGCUAUUCAGAGGAAAUAGGGUCUUGGUCGCAGAGCUUGAACCUGUGCAAGACAUAGCAAAGGCAUCUGGCAUGUAUGGUCAAGGAUGCACCACAUCUUAUUUCACAGAUGAUGUGGUGUAUAGCUAUAUUCAAGGGCACAUACUGGCUUAUGACAUGCAUAGUGAAGCUUGUAUGAUAAGAGAACACUCUACUCUUACUACGUCUGCUACAGCCAUCCAAGCAUUAGGCAUCUCUCUUCCUUUCAAUGUUGAAGGAAAAACCCAAUUUGAAGCUAAUGUUGAAAAAGCAGUGGCCAUCCUUUUAAUGAGAGAACAUGUGGAAAUUCUUGUUGGAUUGGAAACGAAGGAGACAGUCAUACUCGGCAAUAUGGUCAUGCAGCCUAUGUGUACAUGGUAUGAUACCUUCCUGAUUCAAGAAGAAGUACCUGAUGGUCCUGUAGUUAAAGCUUUCAAAGUAGGGUAUGAUGAAGAGACCAAACAACUGUCUGUACAUCACAUCCAGACCUGUCAUCUAAGAUCAUUGGAAACUGUCUAUGCUAUGCAACUCACAGAAAAUAAGGCCUUCAUUGUAGAAGAUUCAACACUCAGUAUGUGGGAUAUUGCUGAAGGAGAAUACUGUGAAAUCUGUACCAACAAUGAUGUAGUACGUGGAUAUGACAGGGCAAUAGGAGUUAUGUCGUGGGUUGGCAGUACGAUUGCUUUCACUUUCUCUAUUGGACCGAGUGAUAUUUUCCUUUAUUACUUGAAUGAAGAAUGUACAAAGUUGAAUUGUAUUGGCUCUGUGGACCCACAGGAAACUGCUGAAGCUCUUGUUCUUCUGUACGAUGGAAGCAUCAUGAUGAUCAACAACAAACAAUGUAGUCUGCUACUGCAUAAAAGAGGAGACGAUAAUGAAGAAAGUGAAAACAGAACAGACCAUCCUGCAAAGCAGGCACAUACAUGUAGCCAUAGAGAAGACAGGAUGCAGAAUUUUGAACCUGAUGCUGAGUCUACAGCCCACAAGUGCAGACAAGCAACAUAUGAACCUGUGACUGAUGAAGCCAACAGCUAUAAAAGAAACAUGUCCAAGUUACUUGGUAUUGAUGAGAGUGAUACACUUUGGACCAAAUUUGAUACUGAAGUGGACAAUUAUGAGACUGAAGAUAGUGAAAGCAGUGAUUCUGAACAGGCUGAAUAUAAGAAUGACCAAGGAUCCAGUUCUUCACCUCACAAGGAAUAUGUUGUCGAAUGGUGGGAAGAUAAUCUAAGGACUGAAGACAUUUCUUUUGUUCACGAACCCGUCCUUUCUUUAUCACACAAAGGCCUUGAAGGUCACUGGCUCUUUGUCUUAACAGAUUCUUUAGUUGCCAUGGAUAAUACAUGUACAUUGACUAAUGAGAUACGGGAUAGGAUGCUUGUUUACAAAUGGAACUAUAUGCAAUAGCAUCUGUAUACAAAUGUCUAUUUUAUUUCAUAUGCAAUAAGUUUUUCAAGAAAAGUUUUUAAGUGUUACAAGUAUGACAUUAUAGAGAUACACAUAAUUAUAAGAAUUAUCUUCAGCAGUUGAAAAAUUCUGACUCAAAUAUGUGGAUUAUUUUCCUUUUCACCUUUGUUGAUAAUAUUUGGCAGUGGGAUAAAUGCAGCACAUUCCACGUUUCCCGUUUUUAUUAAUCAUACAUGUCAACCCUCACAAACUUUGAAGUCUUAGAAGAUUAAAAUCCAAGAAGUUGAAAAAUAUAAGUCUCAUCACAAAUU